AUGUCUAUGGAAGAAGACAUGCUGCAGUACCUAAUUCCACAACCAAACACAAAACAGAUCGUGUUCGAGAAAGUGUUAUCAACUGAAUUUCCAGCUACUCUAGUAGAAUUCAGAGAGUUAAGCGCCAUGCGUAAAGCAGUCGAGGAAUCUCUUAACCGAACCAGCAAUGUCACCGAUGCUUGCGAGCAGGAUCUCAAUAAACUUGGAGCAUACAUUCCAUUACUCUUCAACUUGGUACAUUACGCUGAUAAGAUUAAAAAGGUUUCGGGUCUGAAGAUAAGAUGGAGUAGUGGAUUGAUCUCUCAGACAAUAAUUCAGCGUAGAUGUCCAAAAUUCUUCCAAGUCGAUAACAUAAUGUUCGAGCUCGGAAUGAUACUUUACUUUCACGCAGUCAAGCUACGUGAGAGAGCAAUGGAGUUAGUAACUACAGAUAUCAAGAAAUCGGUAGCACAUUACCGAGAAGCAUCUGGAGUUUUCAAUCAUCUGUCUCAUGAGCUUCUUCCUUCUUUACAACCAUCGUUACCUCCAGGGAAGCUUCCGGAGCUAACUCCUUCACUUUGCUCUUCCUUGAGCCUCCUCUGUUUAGCUGAAGGCCAGGCUGUGACUACGAAGAGCGCUGAAGAAAGUGGAAAAAGUGCAAGUUUAUUGUCGAAACUUCAUUAUGGAAUUACACAGAUGCUCUCUGAAGCCUCUGCUCACUUGUCAUCUCGAGCUAAUGGAGAAUGUAAAGACUUAUCGUCCCGCUUUCUCGAAUAUGUGUCAUCAUUGAGAGCACUACACGAGCUAAAGAGCCAAAAACACUUGGCAGAAGUUCUGGAAUCCGAAGAGCAAAUAGGAGAAGCGGUUGGGGUUCUCCGGCGUGCAUUAGCAUCGGCGAGGAAGAGUGUGCCGUCAAAAGAUGACACGUGGAUAUCGAUAUUCAAGAAAGAGAGAGAGGAAGUAAGCAAGAAAAUGGCUAAGUAUGAGAAGUUGAACGAUUUCAUGAUGUUACAGAAGAUUCCUGUAGAAACAGAUUUGCCAUAUCCGAAAGGUGAGAAGAUUGUUAAUCUCAUUGCUUACACUCCCACAAGAGUGGAACGAGAGCUUCGAUUCAAGUAG